UCACCCGGCGCCUCUGAAGCAUCCUGCUGGGGCGGAAGGGCGGGGAAUUGCCGGCCUUCACUUUUCCGUUCGUGCCUGAGCAUAUGUAACGCGGGCUGUCCUGGCGGGCAGCGAUGCGGCUGCCGACUUCUCUGGGUGGGCUCCUGUUCCUUAUGUCCCUCCUGGCACACAUUCACUGUGAGGACGUGUUUGGCGUCGUGGGAGAAAAUUUUACUUUUCCAUUAAAAAUAGGCCAAAAAAUAGUGGAAAUUCUUUGGACAAAAAACAAGCAUAAAGUGGCUGAAUGGGAAGGGCAAAAUGAAACAACAUAUUAUGAUCCUCUCAAGAAUAGAGGCUUCCUUAGCAAGGAGAAUGGGUCCUUGACGAUUUUUAAUUUGGAAAACAGUGAUGCUGGCACAUAUGUGUUAGACUACAUGGAUUCACUGAAAAGAAAUCAUGUUGUCUCCUUCGUACUUUCUGUGUUGGCUCCCCCAUCAGAACCUGAAAUAAGUUGCAACAUCAGUGGUGAUGGCCUUCUGUUACGAUGUACAGCAGAUUUCCAGAAGCCUUUGAAUUAUUCUUGGAAGUUCAGUAGCGUACCAAGCGCUCAUCAGACCCAGGAAGUUUUCAUCCCUAAGGAGAAAGCUGAUGAUUCUGAGAAAGUGACGUGUUUCAUUAAAUUCUCUCAAACGGAAAAGAACUCUGAAAUCUCUUUGGCCCAAUGCUAUCCAGAUGAAAAAGGAUACAGCUAUCACAAAAGAAGCAGAGUGUUUCUUACUGCGUGUAUUCUGGUUCCUGUUUUCUUAAUUUCAGUUGUAGCAAUGCUAGUCCCCCGAUGCAAAAAAGGUAGAACUAAACUGGGAACAGGAAGAGCUGCUCAGAGGAACAGUCCGGUGCAUGGCUCAGGAGAACAUCAGCUGCUUUGCCAUGAGGACAGCCAAGAACAGCCUAACUCACACAGGGACAACGAAGUGAACGAGGAAGACAGUGCCCUAGAAGACAAGGAGCCAGUUAGCAAUGGUAUAAAUCAGGAAGACAUCUCCAAGAAGGAGAACAGCAGCUUGCUGACGAAAAAUGCAGAUGACUGUGAUGUAAAUGAAGGAGAAGUGACCGGGGAUGCAGAAGGUGGAAAUGGGGAGCACCUGAGCAACUCUCCCAGCUGCAGCGAAGAUCUUAAAUCAUAAGCAAAUAAUUGCUUUGUGGACCAAACAACGGUGGAAGAGAAGCCAUAGAAUUCAACAGUGAAGGAGCUGCUAUCUUUUCUCUUGGAGGUUUUCCACCAGCACUGAAGUGAUCCACAAAGAAGUGCUUUUAAGACUAACUGAGCUGUUUACAGUGCCUAUUUUUCUUUUCCCAGAAGGGGCAGCCUCAUUUUGUAGCAUCACUGCAUGAGGACAAAUAAGCUGAAUCAUGAACAAAAUCUUUUGUGUUGUUUUGUAUAUGGUUUUAAGAAACAGUUUUCUACUAACACAAAAUGUAAGAACAAAGGCCUUUUUUAUAAUUGGUAUUUGGAGAUCAACAAAAUCAUAUCCAUUUGCAUGAAUGUGGAUCAAUCAAAAACUGAUCAGCUUUUUGUGCAAUUUUGGAUCAGUACCUUGUUACAGUCAGAAGAAAGAUGGUUCAUCCUUCAGCAGGUCCGGGUGGAUGGAAGUUCCCAUUUGCUAGUCUCAGUUAUCUAGCAGGAACUUGAUGCUCCAGACAAAUAUUCUCCAAGAUAACUAUCUGGAGCUGGCAGAAGACUGGCAAAUUGAUCAUCUCCUGAAGGUGGUUGACUUUGUGAUAAAGCCACAGUGUAGUUUAUUGUUGCAUUGGAACAAAGCUGACACUCCUAGCAGCAGUUUGGCUUUUUUUUCCCCUUGAACUUUUGAUAUUUUUGCACUUUUAGUGUUGGUUUGUUUUUUUUUUUUUUUUUUUUAAGAUUCUGUUUCACAUUAUUCUAAGAAAGGGUCAACCUACUGAUUUCUAAAGACUGAUAGUAUGUUUUUAGGUUGCCUGUGACUGGAAAGAAAACUUGAAAACUGAGGUUCUAAAUACACUGCAGCUCAAAAGAAUCAAAGAUAAAAGAAUAUAAGGUAUUAAUGUUUUAAAUACAUCAAGCUAUGGUACGUGUUUCCUGACUUCUGCGUGCUGGUUGUUAAUGGAAGCUGAAAGUCCUUUCAGUUGAUUUUGAGCUUGUUAUGUGUAAAGAAUCAUGAAGGCUUGACAAGGAUAACCAGAGAUCAGAAGCUCUCCAGGCUUGAACAAACACAGUGCCUUCAGCUUCUUCUCACAGUACAAGUGCUGUGACCAUCUUGGUAGCCCUCCACUGAACUUACUUGAACUUGAUAUCUGUCUUCCUGGAGGUGUUCAAAAUAGUAUGCAGCAUUCUGAAUGCAGUCUAAUAUGUACUGAGUAGAGGGGGACAAUCACUACCCUCAAUCUACUGACUAAGCUCCUGUUAAUAUAGCUCAGGGUGUUGUUGGCUACCUUUGCUUCCAGGGGAUACAGCUGGCUCAUGUUCUGCUUGCUGUUUACUGGGAUCCCCCUGCUUCUUUUCAGCAGAACUGCUCCCCUGCCAGCCAGACCCUAGCUUGUAUUAUUGCAAGUGGUUCCUCCUUUGCAUUUUAGCCUGUCUAGACCUCUCUGACAGCCCAGCCCUUUAGCAUGUUGACUGAUUCUUCACAAUUUGAUGUCAUCUGCAAACUUGACAAAACUGCACUUUAUCCCCUCCUCCCGACCACUGAUGGAGAUGUUAAAUGGGACCAGUAUCAGCAUAGGCCCUUGUAGUGCUCCACUUGUUUUAGCCACCCAGGUGAGUAUGACCUGUAGCCACUACCAUCUGAGCCAAAUCAUCCAAUCAAUUCUUUGCCUGUCUAUACAGUCAUAGACUAGUUUGGGUAGGAAGGGACCUUUUAAGAUCAUCUAGUUGAACCCUUCUGAUGUGGGCAGGGACAUCUUGCACUAGAUCAGAUUGCUCAAAGCCCCAUCCAGCCUAACCUUGAACACUCCCAGUGAUGGGGCAUCCACAACUUCUCUGGGCAACCUGUUCCAUUGUCUUGCCACCUGCAUAGUAAAAAAUGCCUUAUAUCCAAACUAAAGCUACCCUCUUUCAAACUGUUGCCCCUUGUCCUGUCACUACAGGCCUUGAUAAAAAUAUUUUCUCUGUCUUUCUUAUAAGCCCCCUUUAUGUAUUGAAAGACCAAAAUAAGGGCUUCCUGAAGUCUUCUCCAGGCUGAACAGCCCCAACUCUCUCAGCCUUCCUUCAUAGGAGAGGUAUUUCAGCCCUCUGAUCAUCUUCAUGGCUCACGUCUGGUCCUGGUCUAACAGGUCUUUAUUGUGUGAAGUCAAGGGAGAGAAUCACCCCCCUUGACCUGCUGGUCAUGCUUCUUUUGGUGCAGCCCAGGGUGCAAUUGGCUGGGUCAUAUCUAAUUUUCUGUCCACUAGUAUAUCCAAGUCCUUUUCCAUAGGGCUACUCUCAAUUCAUGUCCCACAUUGUACUGAUAUUAGGAAUUGCAGGUGCAGGACCUUGCACUUGGCCUUGCUGAACUCUGCAAGGUGCACAUGGGCUCACUUUUCAAGCUUAUCAAGGUACUUCUGGAUGGCAUCUCUUCCCUUGAGUGUAUCAACUGCACCACAGAUCACACUUGUUGUCAUCUGCAAACUUGCUGAGGGUGCACUCAAUCCCCACUAUCCAUGUGACUGAAGAUAUCGGUCCCAGUGCAGAACCUUGCAGGACACCACUCAUUAAUUGUUUCCACUUGUACACUGUACACUUGUACACUGUAAUUCUUUGGACAUGGACAUCCAGCCUGUUCCUUAUCCAUGCAACAGUCUGUCUAGUUCACCCCUUCAAGCCAUAACGUUCUAACUUGGACACAGAAAUGUUUUGGGAGAUGGUGUCGAAGGACUUGCUAAAGACAGGGUAUAAAAAUACUAAUUUCCCCUCAUCCAUAAAUCUAGUUAUUUCAUUGUUAUAGAAGGCAGUUAUGUUGGUUAGGCAUGAUUUACCCUUAGUGAAGUGCAUGCUGACUGUUCUCAACAACUUUCUCUUCCACGAGCCCAGAAAUGCAUCCUGAGAGGGCCAGCUCUGUGAUUCUCCCAGAGAUGAAAGUGAGGCCGACAAGCCUCUAGAUCCCCAGUUUGACCUUUUGGCACUCUUAAAAAAUGAGUGUGCCUUUUUCCUUUUCCCAGUUGUCAGGGAGUUCCCCAAUCUCUAUGGUCAUUUAAAGGUGAUAGCACUCACAUUAUCAUCAGCCAGCUCUCAUAGCACCUUUGAAGUCCCACAGACUGGCAUGGAUAAAGUUUUCCCAAGUAAUCCUGGUAGUUUCUCUUAAGCCCUUUGACUAAGCAGAGAGCCCAUGAGACCUUGUUAUUGAAGAAUGAGGCAAGAAACACAUCAAGUAACAAAGCUUUGUGUGAUAUCCUGAAAUCAACCCCCACCAACUCAAGAACAGGCUCAAGUUUUCCUCCUUUAUUCCUUUACAGUCAACAUAGGAGCAGAUGCAGCUCUUGUUGCACUUGAUGUUCUUUGCAAGUCUAAAUAUAGCUGAACCUUGACUCUCUUAACACCACCCUUACCUGCCUGGACAGUGUUCCUAAAUUCCUCCACUGUAGGCUGCCCCUGUCUCCAUAUCCAGUAUAAGCAAUUUUUGCACUGGAGCCCUGACAGGAGCUUCCUGCUUAGGCAAGCUGAUCUUCUGCUUGCCUGCCUGUUUUCCUGACUAUGGGGAGGGUGUGUGCUCAUGCUUGGAGAAAGUCCUCCUUAAAGACCUGAUGGUUCUCUUGAGCUCCUUUCUCUUCAGAACUGUCUCCCAUGGGAUCCUACCUACCUGAAUAAGUGGAAAUCUGCUCUCUGAAAGCACAGGGCGUGUAUUCUGGUGCUCACCUUCCACUCUCAGGAUCAGGAGCUGUUUCUUGGUCACUACAGCCAAGGCAGCCAUUUGUGACCAUAUCCCCAUCUAGUCCUUCUCUGUUAGUGAGCAGCAGACGCAGCUGCACAUCAGCCCUUACUGGAGCAUCUGGCAGCCUGUGUGAAGAAGUCGUCCCUGAUGCUGCCCAAAAAUCUUCCUGACUGCCUGAAUUGCUGCAUUGCCUUUCCAGCAGAUGCCAGAAGUUCCCCUGUGUGCCAGUCUGCCAGUCAGAGAUUUCUUUAAGCUGUUUAGAGAAACCUUUACAUCCUUCCUUACCCUCAUCUGGUGGACUGUAGCAUGGUCCAACCAUGUUGUCAUCCAUACUGGCCUUUUGUGGGACCAUGACCCACGAGCUCUCAGCCACCCUGUCACCUGUAUCAGAACUCCACACAUUCAAGUCACUCUUUCACAAAGGGGCAGCCUCUUUUCUUCUCCUCCCUCCAUGACUUUCCUGGAGGGCUUCUACACAUACACUGCAGGGCUCCAGUCAUGCAAGCUUGCUCACCAUGUCUCAGCUAUUCCAACAAUGUUGUCAUUCUGCAAGCUCAUGGAGAACUGUAAUUCUUCCUGCUUGCUUUCUGUGCUGCAUGUGUUUGUGCAUGUACCUUCAUGUCUCCUUCUGCCUUUUUUUUUUUUUUUUUCUUCUGAGGUCUAUUUUAUACCUGUCACCUGUGCCCUUUACUUUGGACCCCUGUCCACUACUAAGCUCUGGAUUCUGAUCUCCCCAUCAUUCCUACUUCAGAGCUUUCCUUAUGAACUUGGCCAGCCUGUCGGCAGAUUUUUGCAUUAGACAGCUCUCUAGGACAAUUAAGCUAGUCCUGUGUGCUUUUUCUGGUGGUGAAACCUAACAGUAACUAACAAUAUGAGAAGGAUCACAGGUGACUUAUGCCUGUGCCCAGUCCUGUUGUAGGAAGCAGAGACCCUAUAGGAAACUUGACAUCCUUCCUUAUUGAUGCACACAGCACUUAGAUGUUUACUUGUACUUGCACAAUUUCUUCUGCUAAUUGCAGCUGCAUUGCAGGAGUGUUCAGCAGGACCUUUUGUUAGAGUGGUACUAUCCUACCUCUACUGCUGUCUGUAAAUACUUCAUAGUUUAUUUUAAAAAAAAAAAAACUAAUUAAGGUGCCAUAUCUUUUUGUUAUAUAUUCCCACACUUUUAAUUUAACCUUAAAAGUCAGUCACUAAUCCCCAAACUAAUCUUUAACCCAAAGUUAUAUAAGUGCUAUAUUUUUAUGUAUACAUAUAUAUAUAUAUAUAUAUACGCAUAUAUAUUUGUCACAGCUCUUGAGCCGAGUGUCCAUCUCUACUGUACCUUCAACAGGUUUGUCAGGGUGAUGCUCUCUACUUCUUAGUAACUUUUUAAUAAAUUUCCACACAAAGAUGUCAUUUGUUAUGUGUAUUGAGGUAAGGGUAAACCUGUAGCUUGUUUUCCUGCUUGGACAAAGACUUGCUUUCUGUUAAUAAUUUGAGAAAUAAUCGUCAAAAAAAUUGUUUGGAGGAGCUGACUGAAAUUGCUCCCAGAAACUAUACCUGUUCAUAUAAUAUACUGUAUUCAUCCUGUGCAAUUUAAUACUAAACAGCAUGCAAGGGUCUCACAUAGGGUGUGGUUUUGAGAAUUCCUUGACACUUGAUAUCAUCGACUUUGUUUCCAAAGCAAAAAUCACCAGCCCUCGAAAAUAGUAAGCAGUUGUGGUUAAUUAGCCACAGUUGCCAGAAGACUUCAGCAUAAUUCACAGAAUUUUGGAGCUUCAUUGGAAGUAGAAAACCCCACUUUUAUGUCAGGUUAAUGAAAGGUCGAGAGCUGCAGGCUUUACAGUGUCUCACUGCCUGCUUUCACCCACUCAUUUUGCACACAGUGUCUGCUGUGCAUGAGAAACUUCUACUCACUGGCAGAAUGUCAGACUUUGCACUUCUCAAAGCAAUAGUGAAGCUCAGGGCUUUUUUUUUAUUGCUUAUGUUUUUAUUUUGGUUAUUAUGAUGGGUAGAUUGAUUUUCUUUUUCCACAGGAAUGAGAAGCCAGACAUUUGGGAAAAUAAGUUGACCUGACUUCCUGCUAGUUUUUGUGACUACAUUUUGCAUGCCAGUCCCCAUGACCCUCUGUCCCAAUGUCUCCUGCACAAUAACUAAAUAAAUUUUUGUGUGAAAAA